UAAAAUUCGCAGACUAUAAAAGAGCCGAAAGCUAUUGGCUUUUAUGCUUCCCCUAUCUCUCUCUUGGCGGCUCUCACAAAAAUUUCGAAGCUUUAGCACCUCGAGCAAACCCUAGGUUAUUCUUUACAAUAUAUAUACAUAUAUAAUCUAGAUAUAUAGAGUGCUUUAUUUACUUAUUUAUUUUGUGGAAUAAAAAUUGGGCCUCCUCGAGCUCAGAGAAGGACUGUAAUGGAGGGCUCUGUAGGGCAAACGGCAGAGUUCACUUUGGCAUCAAUCUCUGAGCUCUCUUCGUCUUCGUCUUCUUCUGUUGCUUCAUCGUCGCCUGCGGCUGCUCGGUUUUAUACCGAUUCCGGCGUUGCUGAGCUUCGAUUUCAUCAGCAACCGGAAUCCGAUGGCUUUGUCAAUGUCGAUCUCCAAAGUGCUCAGCUGUUCAAGUUAGGCCCUGUGUACUCAGUUUGCAUAUCUGAAGGUUCUGAUACCGGCGAAGAGAAAUUGUAUUCGAAGGGAGUGAAUCUUCAAUUUAGGAAUGAGGCUGAGAGCAAAGCCUUCCAUUGUGUUUUUGAGAAACGGAAGAAGGAUCUUGCUGAGCAAGGAAACAGCUUACCAAAUGGAGAGCUAUCAACCUCCAAAAGCAAGUUUGAUGAAAAAAUAGAACCAUCUUCUGCUAAAAUGUAUUUCCAUUAUUAUGGACAACUGCUACAUCAGCAAAACAUGUUACAAGAUUAUGUUAGAACAGGAACAUAUUAUGCUGCAGUCAUCGAAAACCGUGCCGAUUUUACUGGUCGUGUGGUGGUUGAUGUUGGUGCUGGCAGUGGUAUUUUGUCAUUAUUUGCUGCUCAGGCUGGUGCAAAACAUGUUUAUGCUGUGGAAGCUUCUGAAAUGGCAGAAUAUGCGCGGAAACUAAUUGCUGGCAACCCAGCAUUGGGUCAACGGAUAACAGUAAUCAAAGGGAAAGUUGAGGACGUUGAAUUGCCUGAGAAAGCAGAUAUUCUUAUCUCUGAGCCAAUGGGCACAUUAUUAGUUAAUGAAAGGAUGUUAGAGACCUAUGUAAUUGCUAGAGAUCGGUUUCUUAUCUCAAAUGGAAAAAUGUUCCCUACAAUUGGAAGGAUACAUAUGGCACCUUUCAGUGAUGAAUACCUGUUUGUUGAAAUAGCAAAUAAGGCCCUCUUUUGGCAGCAGCAGAAUUACUAUGGUGUUAAUUUGACGCCCUUGCAUGAAUCUGCAUUCCAUGGAUAUUUUUCACAGCCUGUGGUAGAUGCUUUUGAUCCGAGAUUGUUGGUGUCUCCGUCGAUAUCUCAUGUGAUAGACUUCACCAAAAUAAAGGAAGAGGAGUUGUAUGAAAUUGAUAUACCAUUACGAUUCAUUGCCUCUGUGGGCACGAGAGUGCAUGGACUUGCUUGCUGGUUUGAUGUCCUGUUUAAUGGAAGUACUGUUCAAAGGUGGCUUACCACUGCCCCUGGUGCACCAACAACCCACUGGUACCAGUUACGUUGUGUUCUCUCUCAGCCACUUUAUAUUAUGGCUGGACAAGAAAUUACUGGUCGCCUCAGGAUGAUUGCUCAUGAUGCUCAAAGUUAUACAAUAUAUCUAACUUUAUCAGCCAAAAUGUGGGGACCUGCUGCUGAGCAAGGAGGAAUACUUCAAACAUCAUCAUGCAAACUUGACCUCAAAGAACCCUACUAUAGAAUGUCCCAACCACAACCCUAUGCAAUGGCCCAAGAUCAGCAACCACAUCAGCUGAUACAGACACAGGAUAUACCUAUCCAAUCACAGGAUUUAGAGGAACCUGAGUUAAUUCCGCAACCAUCUCCAAGUUCAGGCAUACAGCUGAACACAUUGAUAGAUAAUGCUUGAACUUGAGAAAGUAACUUAACAUGGCAAUCUGUUUGUAAUAUAGAACUUGCUAUAUAACUUAGCGAGUGCAAAGAGGUUCCUCAGUAAAACCCACUUUUCUUCUUCAUUAUUACUUCACACUCUGUCAGAUGGUCAGUUUCUCUGUAAUUAGUGUUGAACUUGUUUAUUUUGAGUGGUUGUGCAGCAGAUUCCGUACAAUGCUAUUUUGGUUUAACCACCCCGAAAAAAGAAGUUAGUUGUGGUGCAA